AUGGAGUUUGGAUGCUUGCAGAUUCGCGACAGCACCAUCGACGGCGAGGUCGGAACGACCGGAACGACCAAGUCGGCCCACGUCGCCAGUCUCCAGUGCAGCGCUGUUGCUCCCUGCAUUUACAUUGGCCUCUUCGAUGUUGACUUGCAAUUUGCCAACUGGACCGCUGCCGCUUCAUGCCUUCGCGGAAACGCUGUUAACACGCGCGGCUUGGAAUGUACUGGAAAACCUUGUGUAAGAGGGAGCGUAACAGGCGAAUGCUAA